AUGUCUGACUGGGAGGAGGAAGAUAAUGGACCCCCUGCAAGCCAGUCAUGGGCGCCCCCAUCACAGCAGCGCUAUGACAGCCGGGAGUCCUUUCGGUUUGGAGAAAGGGCGUCGGAGUCUCGGAGCUAUCAGAGGGAUGAGGGUGAAGGUGGAGGGCGAUGGAUGAGGGAUAAGGGUGACGGUAGAGGUUGUGGCUGGGAGAGAGUAGCAGAGGGAGGCCCAGGGGGCUCUGGCACAUGGAGCCGGGAAUUCCGGAGGAGAGACCCCGAGUCGGGCUCCGGGGGAGAGCCCAUGUGUUUUCGUCUGGACAGCUCAGUGAUCGGCCAAGUGAUCGGUCGUGGAGGAUCUAAAAUAAAAGAGCUAGAGGAAGCAUCUGGUUCAAGAAUAAAGAUUAUAAAAGAAGAUUGUGACACGGAGGUAAAGAUAUUUGGGAGCAGUGAGCAACAAGAAAAAGCCAAAGCAUUGAUCGACAUGAUUGUAGAGAAAAGUGAAAGAGGGUUUGGAUACAGGGAAAGUCGUUCUUCAAGUUCUUCGGAGUCAUCGUUUAAGGAAAGACCUGCAAUAAAUUGGUCUAAGCUUAGAGAAAAUCAAGCCAAAUAUGAAGAAAUGAAGUGGGCUGAAAUGCCUGCAAUUGAAAAGGCUUUCUACAAAGAAUCUCCAAGUGUAGCAUCAAUGUCUGCAGAAGAUGUGGAAACAUGGAGGAAGGACAACAAUAACAUUAUCUGUAAAGACUUGAAAGAUAUUGAUAAAAGGCCAAUCCCAAACCCUGUCCGCACUUUUCAAGAAGCAUUUCAUCCUUUCCCAGACGUUAUGACUGCAUUAAAAGAUGCUGGGUUUGAACGGCCUACGCCAAUUCAGUCGCAGGCAUGGCCAAUAAUUCUUCAAGGAUUAGAUCUCAUUGGAAUCGCUCAAACUGGCACUGGAAAAACACUGGCCUACUUACUACCAGGAUUUAUUCAUUUAGAUCUUCAACCGGUACCUAGAAAUGAACGUGAGGGGCCUGGUAUGUUGGUCUUGGCUCCAACUCGAGAAUUAGCCCUUCAAGUUCAGGCUGAGUGUUCCAAGUACAAAUACAAAGGAUUUAAAAGCAUUUGCAUUUAUGGCGGUGGUGACCGUAAAAGCCAAAUAAAUGUGGUUGCAAAGGGAGUGGAUAUAGUCAUUGCUACACCUGGAAGAUUGAACGACCUACAAAUGAACAAUUUUGUUACUCUAAAAAGUAUAACUUACUUGGUUUUGGACGAAGCUGACAGAAUGUUAGAUAUGGGGUUUGAACCGCAGAUAAUGAAAAUUCUGAUUGACAUUCGACCUGACAGACAAACUGUAAUGACAAGCGCCACCUGGCCAGAUGGUGUUCGUCGUUUAUCCAGAACUUACUUGAAAGAUCCGUUAAUGGUGUAUGUUGGAACACUCGAUUUGGCUGCUGUUAAUACUGUAGAUCAGAGAGUUUUGGUGAUUCCAGAAGAGGAGAAAAGAGCUUUUACUCUUCAUUUCAUUGACUCCCUAAAACCUGCAGACAAAGUGUUAAUAUUUGUUGGAAAAAAAUUGAUUGCUGAUGAUUUGGCAAGUGACUUUAGUCUUCAAGGAAUCCCUGUUCAGUCAUUACAUGGUAAUAGAGAGCAAUGUGAUAGGGAACAGGCACUGGAUGAUUUCAAGAAGGGUGCAGUGAGAAUUUUAGUAGCUACUGAUUUAGCAUCUCGUGGACUAGAUGUACAAGACAUUACACAUGUUUUAAACUUCGAUUUUCCUCGCAACAUUGAAGAAUAUGUGCACAGAGUUGGUCGUACUGGGAGAGCUGGACGAUCGGGGGAAUCUGUUACCUUGGUGACCAGGAAAGACUGGAGGGUUGCAGGAGAACUGAUUAGUAUUUUGGAACGUGCAAACCAAGAAGUUCCAGAAGAGCUGCUUGAAAUGGCAGAGAGGUAUGAACACUUUAAGAAGAAGAAAGAAAGUGAGCGAGACAUGGUGCCCCGUAAAGGCCGAUGGCGAGACGGUUAA